UUGGUCUUUUUCGGAGUAACGAACCAAUGAUCUCUAAAUGCGCAGGUAUCCUUCUGUUGAUCAACAGCAUGCGGCAGCUGUUCAAAUCGUAAAAUUAUUUCCACAACUUAGUAAUACGCGAGUCACACCAACUGCUCCUGAUGAGUCAUUUUUCUUUUGGCGCAACGGAGGCAAGGAAAAGGGUGCUCAUACUGGCAUGAUAUUUCAUCGCAUCCGGAAUGUCAUCAAACAGCUACCUGCAGAAAAACAUAAAUAUAAUCGAGGAACUAUGCCUGUAGAAGAGUCCGUUUCAACUGAACUUGUAGAGCGGGCUCAAUUGCUCCGAGUAAUGCUUGCAUCGGCAUCAGUAGCAGAACAUAUUUGUGAUGAAAUGGACCGAUGCUUUCCAGUCCUCAAACUGUUAUUAAAAGAAAAGAAACCCGUUAAUGAUAUCUUGGAUAUGUUUCCACACCUGUGUUCAUAUGAAGGAUUGGUGAUUCGUCAAAUGUUUGAGAGAUUGUAUCCUAACAGAACAGAAGGUCUCAAAAUCGAGGAUGUCUUCUCUCAGUGUCUAUCUUAUUCACCGUCCAGAUUCUCUAGAGUAGAAGAUGAUCACAUUCGAGGAUGCUUGAGAAUAAUUUCUCAUAUGCCAAUUCGCGGACAAAAAAGAACGCUGGUAGGCUGUCCAACUGUAGGCGAAGAACAUUCGGCUUCAAUUUUAAUUCGUUGGAUUGGGGAGUGCUUAGAUACAUACAUGGCAUCCCCCGCAACUGAUUCCAUACUACACAUGGUGUGCGUAGCAAGCCCGAUGAAAAGAGGAAAUUAUGCCGUCAUUUGUGAGAAAAAAGUUAUAUUCGAGACUAACAAUUCUAUUCAUGCAGUGGAAAUUUUAUUCAAAUGCCACGCAGUUCUCGGAGUGGAGGUGCCACCUAAUUUAAGAAUGUUUUGGGACUUUCUGGCAUGUGCCAUAUAUAAUAUAAUUCCGCACAGUCAGAGGACAACUGUGAAUAGACUCGUCCAAACUUUUAUUGAAGUUUCCCGCGCACGUAUUGACAACAAAUAA